CUACGCAUCUCAUCCGAUCAUAACCAUUCAUCAUUCAAUACCGAUCCCAAUCCGGUGAUAUCAUUAAUAGUAAAUAUAUCGAGUUCUCACGAUGAAGUGGUUAGUUGUGGUUUCGCUCCUGGCACUCCUUGGUGCUUCGUACGCGGAAAUUGAGCAGCGUACGGCCAGACAAUCGGUCGAGGAAUCUCCGGAAACCCUAUCUUCCUCCCUGAACAAGGACUGCAACAAAUCCUACAGUGCAACGUGCUUGAAACUGGACGUGGUAUCUUUCGUGGACAAGUUAUCAGAGACCAAGGACCUUGGAAUACUUCCAGGGGUCUCUCUGGUCAAAGAGACUAAUUCCAAGGAUGUUCCGGCCUCGGAGGUCGUCGCAAAUCUUGCAAGGGACUUUCCGAAUGACGUCGACAAGAGACUUGACGCGUUUCUAGUUCACAAGGUCGGAAGCUACCUAAACAGUCAUGCGAUCUCGAUCAAACUAUUCGACCCCAGGACCUUCGAAGCUGCUCGCAGUUUUAAUGAAGAGGCUCUUAGUCAGCUGGGCUUCGGCGGAAAUCAGAACGUCGAAACAGGUCGUAAAAAGGACAAGGGUGGCAUGGGCGGCCUGAUGGCCGGUCUUCUCAUGAUGAAGGGAACCCUUGGUGCGGUUGGAUUCGGCGCUCUGGCUCUGCUCGCUGGUAAGGCCUUGAUGACGGGUCUCAUGGCACUUAUGCUGUCAGCAAUCGUUGGUCUCAAGUCACUUGCUGGCGGUGGCGAGAAGAAGACGACAUACGAAAUCGUUAGCAAGCCCGUAUAUUCGUCAGCACAUACUCACAGCUCUGAGGAACACCAUGGCCAUGGUUACGGACACUCCGGAUACGGACGUUCUCUCGAUACCGUUCAUGACUCCCUGCAGGACGCCGUGUUGAAGUACGGAAAUGUCAGGGAUCGCCGAUCGAUUCAGAACUAAUUGCGAAAAGAAUGCUCAAUGACCAAAAAUAGUUUAAGAUACCCCGUUAUUUAUGUAUAAUUGUAGUGUUAUUUAUUACAGAGGACUCUCUGCCUACGGUAAUAAUAAUUGUUGUAUAGAUUUGUGAUCGUUAUCACCAUGUUAUAAAUACAUAUAAAUAGUUUUGUUACGAUAA